AUGGUAGUUGAUGCAAUUGGCGCUUUCUUGAAUAUAUUGCUUAUUAUCGCAUUCCUUGCUGAUCCUUUGAAAGUACUGCGCAGGGGAGUCUGGAUAACCAUCCUUAAUUUGGCAUUCGCAGAUCUCAUUUCGUGUGUUGCAAAUUUUUUCGACGUGGGGCUCAUUUCUGAGUUUGAUGUUACUGAUUCAAUGACUUUCAGAAUUGUGCGUUUCUUUCUGACUUUUGGUGUAAGUGCAUCGUUUAUGCUCCUGGCAACAUUAACAGUGGAAACUUACGUGGUAACAAAAUAUCCCAUAAAAGGUCGCGUUUUGUUAACAAGAAAGAAAACUGUGAUAUUGUGCGCGAUGGCUUGGUUUCUGGCGAUGCCAUUAGGCCUGAGUAAUAUUGCAUAUCUGUUUACAGACAAUUUUUCAAGGUUGAUGAAAAUCUAUAUUGCCCAAAUUGCCGUUUUGGAAUUGACUGUUAUUGUCCAAGUCAUAUUAAAAGUACUGAUCAUUCGUGAAAUCAUGAAGAGCAGACGAAAUACACACCAACAACAACAACGACAAAAUAACAAACAUAAGGAAAUAGCAAAAUCUAUCAUUAUACUUAAUGUGAUACUUAUCGUCACUGCUCUUCCUUACCUUGUUUCAAAACAGCUGGAGUUUAUUUGGAAAUUGCGCGUUGUGGGUGAGGAUCAAUUGCUCUGGAGAUUUUCUAAUUACUAUGAACCCAUUGCUGCAAUUAAUUAUUUAGCCAAUCCUAUUCUUUACGCCCUACGUUUGCCCGAUUAUAGACGCACUCUUCUCGCGCCAUUUACGAAAUGCAAAUCUUUAUCAUUUACUGGCUGCUUGAGAUGGAAUAAUUCAAUCAUUACAGCGAGAACAGAAAUCUCUAAGGUGCAACAAAGUACUACAACCAGAUUGUAA